AUGGGUAAGACCGUCACCUCAAAGUGUGUCACAUGCAGAAAACUACGAAAAAGGCCCCUCAACCAGCUCCUGGGACAGAUUCCAAACCUAAGAGUAGCAGCUGGCUUCCCGGCACUUUCAAACACUGCCAUGGACAUGUUCGGACCGAUACAGAUUAAACUUGGCCGCACGACUCUAAAAGAGGCCCAAGUGAUCAUCUUCACCUGUAUGACAUCACGUGCGAUCCAUCUAGAACUGGUCACUGAUAAAACCUCAGAUGCAUUCUUGAUGGCCUUUCGACGAUUUUCCUGCCUUCGGGGAUACCCCAGUGUAUGCUGGUCAGACCAUGGAACAAAUUUUGUAGGUGCUCAAGGUUACCUAAAGGAAACCACACAGAACUGGGAUUUUCCUAAGAUAAAGAGUGUCCUCUCCGAUAAAUUUGGCUGCGAGUUCAGAUGGCAGUGGAACACACCACAUGCGAGUCACCAAAACGGAGUUGUUGAGACCCUAAUUAAGUCAGUCAGACAAGCACUUAACGCCACUUGCAAAAACCAAGCCUAUUCCGAGGAACAAUGGAGAACAUUCUUGUCAGAAGUUACCUUCCUAGUCAACGGACGACCGCUGUACCCCAGUUCCGAUGAUAUCUGGGAAGUACCACCGAUCACUCCCAACGACCUUCUUCUAGGCCAUCACAAUCCACCGCCACAGCCAGAACCAGAGGAAAGAACCAAUCCGCGACAAUUACUCAGAAGCACACAAAACAGAGUCGCUGAUUUCUGGAGGAGUUGGAUGAAGUAUUUCGCCCCAAACUUGUUACCAAGAAACAAGUGGUUUCGCGUGCGAGACAACAUUCAGACNCCUGGAAACGACAGCCUUGUACGAAAAGUGAGAAUCAAAACAAGAGACGGAGAGUACGACAGACCUAUUCACAAACUGUGUUUGAUUGCAACAAAGGAAGAGCUUGAUGCAGGACUACUUUAG